AUGAAUCUUCAGGCACGGCUACUGUUUCUCUUAGCAUAUUGUUCUGCCACAUCUUGGGCACUAAUUCCUCACAUCAACCCGUUCAAGCUACAAGAGGUCGAAUACCAUGGAGAUGAUGUUGGUGAGCCAUUGAUACUGACGCCACUUUUAGAACAGGGGAGAAUAAAAGAUGCUCGAAUAGCUGCCUCUGUGUCCUUGAGUGGUUGCGCUAAGGACAUAACCAGUUAUGCUGGCUACUUCACGAUUAACAAACAGUACAACUCCAACUUGUACUUUUGGUUUUUCCCAUCAACCAGUGAUUACAAGAAAGACCCUGUGGUAUUAUGGCUUCAAGGUGGACCAGGCGGUCCAUCCAUGUAUGGCCUUCUCAUGGAAAAUGGGCCAUUUACGGUGAACAAAGACCUGGAACUGGAAUUAAGAAACAACUCCUGGACUAACAGUCAUUCAGUCAUUUACAUAGACAGCCCAGUAGGCACCGGCUUUAGUUUUACCGAAAAUGAAAAGGGUUACGCUAGAAAUCAAUCCCAAGUUGGAAGUGAGCUAUACGAAGCACUACAACAGUUUUUCCAGCUCUUUCCAGAAAUCAGAAAGAACGACUUCUUCGUCACUGGAGAAUCGUAUGCAGGGAAGUAUGUUCCUGCUUUGGCCUACACGAUUCACAAAAAUAACCCGGAUGCUCAAGAAAAGAUUAAUUUGAAAGGUAUUGCUAUUGGAGAUGGUUAUAUAGACCCAGAGCAUCAAGUAGGGUAUGCGGAGUAUCUUUACCAACUUGGACUUGUUGACAAGAUGAGUUCGAAUGUUAUUAAGUACCUCGAAGAUAAAGCUGCAACAUAUAUUUCCAGAGGAGAUUACAUCAAAUCCAAAGAGGUGACUGACGAAGCGUUCAAUAUCAUCAUGGAAAAAACGAAGGUGAACAUCUACAACUACCUUCAGCAAGGAAACAGCGUAAUCGGGGAAGAUUUGAUGAAAGAAUUCCUAAAUAAACAUAUUGUUAGACGGGCAAUUCAUGUAGGUCGUACCACGUUUGGCUCAAACAAGGUUUAUCAUUACUUGUCAGAGGAUAUACCAAGAUCCAUUGCUCCUUGGUUUGUUGAAGUCGCCAAUAACUACAGGGUAUUGUUGUACACUGGCCAACUGGACAUCAUAGUGGCAUACCCGCUGACCUUGAACUUUUUGAAACAUGUAGAGUUUAGGGACAUCCAGAAGUACCACAAAGCUCAAAGGAAGAUUUGGUAUGUUGGGAGGGAGCUAGCUGGUUAUAGUAAGAAUGCUGGGAACUUUACUGAGGUCCUAGUGAGAAACGCUGGCCAUAUGGUACCUUUUGAUCAACCCAAGUGGGCUGAAAACUUGAUUACUAGAUUCACAAGGAACAAGCCAUUCUAG